UUUCCACCACAACACUCUUCCUUCACCCUUUCUCUUUCUUUAAUUACAACAAGUACUACAAACAAAACCAACUGAGACUUUCAUUUGCUACCAAAGAUAUCAAUAUGGUUAGUGUGUCUGAAAUUCGCAAUGCUCAAAGGGCAGAAGGCCCUGCAACCAUUUUAGCCAUUGGCACUGCAAACCCAGCCAAUUGUGUUGAACAAAGCACAUAUCCUGAUUUCUACUUCAAAAUCACAAAUAGUGAACACAAGACUGAACUCAAAGAGAAAUUCCAACGCAUGUGUGAUAAAUCUAUGAUCAAGAGGAGAUAUAUGUACCUAACAGAGGAGAUUUUGAAAGAGAAUCCUAGUGUUUGUGAAUACAUGGCACCUUCAUUGGAUGCUAGGCAAGACAUGGUGGUGGUAGAGGUACCUAGACUAGGGAAGGAGGCUGCAGUGAAGGCCAUAAAAGAAUGGGGUCAACCAAAGUCAAAGAUUACUCACUUGAUCGUUUGCACCACAAGUGGUGUAGACAUGCCUGGAGCUGAUUACCAACUCACAAAACUCUUAGGUCUUCGCCCAUAUGUGAAAAGGUAUAUGAUGUACCAACAAGGUUGCUUUGCAGGAGGCACGGUCCUUCGUUUGGCUAAAGAUUUAGCUGAAAACAACAAAGGUGCUCGUGUGUUGGUUGUCUGUUCUGAAGUCACUGCAGUCACAUUUCGCGGCCCUAGUGAUACUCACUUGGACAGCCUUGUUGGACAAGCACUAUUUGGAGAUGGAGCUGCUGCACUAAUUGUUGGUUCAGAUCCAGUACCAGAAAUUGAGAAACCAAUAUUUGAGAUGGUUUGGACUGCACAAACAAUUGCUCCAGAUAGUGAAGGGGCCAUUGACGGUCACCUUCGUGAAGCUGGACUAACAUUUCACCUUCUUAAAGAUGUUCCUGGGAUUGUUUCAAAGAACAUCAAUAAAGCAUUGGUUGAGGCUUUUGAACCAUUGGGAAUUUCUGAUUACAAUUCAAUCUUUUGGAUUGCACACCCUGGUGGACCUGCAAUUCUAGAUCAAGUUGAGCAAAAGUUAGCCUUAAAACCUGAAAAGAUGAAAGCCACCAGAGAAGUGCUUAGUGAAUAUGGAAAUAUGUCAAGUGCCUGUGUUUUGUUUAUCUUAGAUGAAAUGAGAAAGAAGUCAGCUCAAGAUGGAUUGAAGACCACGGGAGAAGGACUUGAGUUUGGUGUUUUAUUUGGCUUUGGACCGGGUCUUACCAUUGAAACUGUUGUUUUACGCAGUGUCGCUAUAUGAGGUGCUUAAUUAUUUUAUUAUCUUGUAUCACUUUCAAAUUUUCUUGAUUUUUAUGUAAGGUUGAAAAACUUGUCUAGAGUUCAACAUGUACCAUCAUAUUAAAAAUAAUUGUGAUUAGUUUUAAACUCUAUAUAGUUAUUUAUUUGAAAAAUGUAUCAUUUAUAAUGAUAAAUUAAGAAGAAAAUUGUGUUGACAU